AUGCCUUCCUACGUCAUCACUGGUGCUUCUAGAGGCCUGGGCUUCGAAUUUGUGCGUCAGCUCUCCAGCGACCCGAACAACACCGUUAUUGGCCUCGUUCGAGACAAGGUUACAACCGAGCAGGCUGUGGCCCAAGAGCUUGCAGGACGAUCCAACAUUCACAUCCUACAAGCUGAUAUUACAGAUUAUGAAGCUGUCAAGGAUGCUGUGACAGCCACUGCCCAAAUCACUGGAGGAGUCCUUGACUAUCUCGUGGCCAACGCGGCAUACAUAUCAGAAUUUGACGCCUAUGACUCCAUUGGAGUUCUAGGCAAUAGCCCCAAGGAGCUUGAGGAAGAUCUUUUCAAGUCCUUCAAGGUCAAUGUGAUUGCCAAUGUCCACCUCUUCAACUUGUACAUGCCACUCAUCCUGGCUGGUAACAUCAAAAAGGUCAUUGCCCUGUCCACUGGCAUGGCGGAUCUGGAUUCAACGAACAAAUUCGAGUUGCAAGUUGCCCCUGGAUACGCCAUCAGCAAGGCAGCCAUGAACACUGCCAUUGGAAAAUUUCAUGCUCAGUACAAGAAAGACGGCGUUUUGUUCAUGAGCAUCAGUCCAGGCGUGGUCGACACUGGCCAUUACAAGAAUGCAACCCCAGAGCAAAUGGCAAAAGUUGGUGGAAUGUUUCAAAACUUCGUCACGUAUAAUCCCGAUUUCAAGGGCCCAGCUUCACCAGAGGCCUCUGUGAAGGAUGUCAUCUCUGUGUGGGAGAAUGCAAGCAUCGAAGCGGGCAGCGGCGGUUCCUUCGUGUCCCAUCACGGAAACAAAAAAUGGCUUUAA